UCCCGCCCACACGCGUGAAAGCAGGCGAACAAACAUGGCCGCUUCCACCGACAGCGCUUUGGAGAUUUCGGCGUCCGUCGCUGGGAUUUUGAAUGAAAAACACAGCCCGGAACACUUGCAGCUUUUAAAAACGCUCACAGCCGAGUUGCGGGAGAAGUAUUACAGAGAUGCUGUGGAGGAGGAGGUGUUCUCUAAUCUCCUGAAGGUCCUGACCAGCCUGCGCGAAGAGCUGCAAGCUGCAGACGCGGACGGCGAGGACCUUCGACUGCAGCUCCAGCUGACGGCCGAGUGCUUCAGGGCCCAGAGGAACUCCUGCGUCCAGAGUCCACGCAACCAAAGCCUUCUCAGGGAACUUGGUUUCAUUGAUGUGUCUCUUAAAAUCCUGAGCUUUUUUCUGACCUUUAAUGUGGCCAGCAAGGAUGCCGUAUUUGAGCCUCUCCGUUGUGGCGUCCAGUUUCUUGGCAACUUGGCAGUUGGAAACCAAACGUGCAAAGAUGACAUUUGGCAGCUAAGCUUCCCAGAUCUUCUCCUGCAGCUGCUCAGUGUUGAGGAUGAGAAGACGGUGAACUACGCCUCUAUGGUGCUGCACACAUGCCUGGAUGAGGCCAGGGUGGAGGACUUGUCUAAGCCGCAGAAUAUCAAGCUGGCGCUCAGGGUGAUGGAGCUCUGCAUGACCCAGCCUGAUCUGGACUGGACGGUGAUCAUUGCCACUCAGCAUUUCCUCAGGUCUUCAGCUCUGGUGGAGAGCAUGUACUCAGGGAUGUCUCACCAGGAAAGAGUUACUCUGUUGGAGCUGCUCUUUGCUCAGCUAAGAGAGGAGGGCUCGGACGAGUGUGGCAUCCCUCCCAGCGUGGCUCGGUUCCUGGCGAGUUCCUUCCAGCAGGGUUGCGGAGCUGUGCUUUCACUUGCUACUGGUUCUGCUUCCAGUGAUGAGGUCCUGCAGGAGGCACUGACGGUGAUCAGUCUCCUGGAUGUGCUGUGUGAGAUGACCUCAGACCACAAGCAGUUUAUGUUCCUGCAGGAUCAUCCCGGCCUUCUGGUGACCACCGUUGAGCUCCUGGAGCAAGUACACGCCAUCGGGAAAGCUAGCAAGAACAUUUUCAGCGCCGCUCAGAACUUCUCCUCUCUCAGUAUCGACGACGACUCUUCAUCCCAUUCUCCUGUCAUCAGCUUUAAGGCGCACCUCAUCAGGCUUAUAGGAAACCUCUGCCACAGCAAUACCAACAACCAGAACAAGGUCAGAGAACUGGAAGGCAUCCCCCUCAUCCUGGACAACUGCAACAUAGACAGCAACAAUCCCUUUAUCAGCCAGUGGGCCAUCUUCGCCGUCAGGAACCUCCUGGAACACAACACGCAGAACCAGGAGCUGGUCGCCGCCUUGGAGCGGCGCGGCGCCGCCGACUACUCCGCUCUGAAGGAGCUGGGUUUCCUCGUGGAGGAGCGAGAUGGAAGCUUGCUGCUGAAACCCGUGAGGAAAGACUCCUAAAAACACACUGAAGAAGAAGAAGCUGCGAGGACAAAGAGCCCACGAGCAGGUUCCCAUGCAAAGUCAUUGUUGUGUGCAUAAUAUCGUCUAAUGUUAGAGGCCUCGUUAGUGUUACUUAGUAGUUGAGCCUGCAGGUUACAGGACCUGUGCGUAAUCAAGCAGAGUAACUGCCUAUAUAGUAAGCUGAAAAGCGCUUUUGAAUUUGAGAUUUGUAUUAGAGAAGUAUAUAUAACCUGCCUUUCUACCUCAGUAAUGCUGUCUCUCCUGCCCAGCUCGGGCAAAAAGGUAUUACUGAUACACAAAAGGCCCGCGGGGUCUCUGUGGAAUAGAAGUCAGGAUGUCAGGGGCUCUCACUUAGUCUUAAACCCGAGUCUGAGAAGCGAAGAGCUGGCACCUUCUGGCACCGCCGCCGCUUUGAGAUCUAAUCCAAAGACAAAGAGCGCCGCAGCAUCCGGCCUUUCCGCUUUCUCAGAGACGGCGAUGUUACCAGCAGGGGUCGGAGUUUAAUCUCGGGCCCUUAGUGACUUCUGCAGUAACCAUGAAACGGAGAAUGACCAAAACAUGAUGUAAUCUACCCCCUCCCCGCCCCGGCUAAUUAAACGGUGGCAUCUUGGCCGCGGUAGGAAGAGCUUCUCAUCCCAACGCUUACAAUGACCGCUUGUCUGAACGGACGUUAAAAUCUAAGCGCAAUAACAAAACUAAUAUCUAACACUAUGCAUGUUUUCUAACUUAAACAUAUAGAGACUGAGUCUGUUUACCUCUGCUCGCUUUUGCAACGAUUCUUGUGAAUUUCCCCUUUCCCUCCUCCUAACCUUCUAUUUGUUCUGUUUUACAUUAAUAUUGAUAAGUAAGGCAUGCUGCGUGAAUCCUUAGACGGCUUCUCUUCGCCCUGCGUUAGCUAUAGUUGAGUUAUACGAGUGUUUUUUUUUUUUGUAUUAUUUAUUAACUGAUGUGCUUCAUAUUUAGUUGCGGCCGCGCUUCUUCUUUGAGCCGAGAUUAGCCGGCGGGCGAGAGCGCAGCGAAAGCGCGCAUCCGUCGAGCGAGCGAGCGAGUGAAUCAGACCAGAAGCAUUAGUUUGCAGAAUGACAUCCCUCCCUGCUCCUCCCGCUAGCCGGAUAAGCUGAACGGUCCUGACACCUCAACAAUGCGGCGCUUUACGGGCCUGCCCACACCCUGCUCCACCCUGUUUGCUCUGCCUCUGAUUUUUUAAUGACAAAAUGUAUCGAAACAAUUGGCUGGACUCUCCCCUCAAUCCGCCGGCAUAGUGAGGGGAGCUUACGCGGUUCCGGUCCCCAGGAUUUCAGACGGCUAACAAAACAGCCGUUACUCGCGCUCGACUGGCUGGCUGCAAUGCUUUUCAGCCCCCCACAGGAAAGAGGCCGCGCGAGUCAGCCGGGCGCUGAAUGCGGCCUCGCGCGCUUCACCUCCCCGACUCGCCGCGCCUCGGGCCUCUACUGUAAUGUAUUUGUGCCUUCUGGUUUCGGGGCCUCGCACCUUCGCUGGAGUUUUGUCUUUCAUGUUCGGCUCAGGUAACGAGGUUAUAAAAUGCCUAAUAAAGUAUUGUGUGUGUGUGUGAAAAACA